ACGAAUUUUAAAAUGUAAGCUUCUGUGGGCAAUUUCAUGAUCCUGUUAAUUGCGGUUGACAAUUUUCGGUCUUUGAACCUCGGCCAAGAAAUAUACAUCAUUACGUAAUCGCUGGCUACCCCAGUUUCCAACGGUUCUUUGAAGUGAAGCCGAGAGAGUAAGACCCGAAUUUGGACUGAUCUAUUUUAGCCGAGGCAAGUGAAGGAUUAUCGUUUCAAAAUCAAACCUUUCAGUGGUUAAUGAUAUAUGUUUUUUAAAAACAUUUUUUGUAAAUAAUGAAAAUAAAAGUAUAUUAAUUAUUUUUAGAUUUAAAACUUUGAUAAAACUUGCAUUUUGAUUUUAUUUAUAUGCUGAACACCCCUCUAAUAUGGAAUACCCUAACAGUUAAAGCUGCAGGUGUCACUAAGUUUAGCAUCCUACACGCUGUUCUGAAGAAGACGACAUGAGUUCCCCAAAAGAUUUCAGUACUCUCUCCUCCAAGAACUGGCUGUGGGUUGAAACCCCAUUGACAGAGGACUUGCUGAUGAAUGACAAAGACACUUUUAGAGAUGACCCAGAAGUAUCCAUGAGUAAUUACAGCAGAGGGUCUGAGGUCCAGUAUCCCUCCAGUAGCCGCAGGAGGGAUCUAACCACCCCCCAGUACUUUCCACCCACUACAUGGAGUAAUGGCGAGAACCAUCCAGAUCCCAGCUGUCGGUACAUUGACAACCCGUUCGCCCUGGGAAUGCCUUGGGACAUGAUGGAAAAGACCUCGGUGCCACCAGCUGAAUCUUCUCGAAGACCAUCUUAUUCGUCUUCAUCUUCUGCCUCCCCUACACCACCCAUGACCCUAGGUUUUCAGAAUCUGUCUUUGGCCUCAAAUUCAUCCACCACCCAAGAAGACAAAGGGUUCAGAGAGGACAGAGGGUGCGUUCUGUGCAAAAAAAACUGUAAGCCAAAGUCCUUCUACUCCACUCAUGUAUUGAAGGCCAACAACGGAGUGGUGAUUUGUCCAAUUCUGAGGGAGUUCACCUGUCCCAGGUGUGGAGCUACAGGAGACCGUGCCCACACACUCAGAUUCUGUCCGGUGGCAAGGAAAGAGAACCACAUCUAAACUACUCAGUACUUAACAUAAUGUGAAAACUCAACAGUGAUCGUAACUUCUUUGGCCAUACCAGCAUAGCUUGGAAAAUCCUCAAAAUACGAACUGGAGUCCAUUUCCAUCAGUUAGAAGUUCAUGAAACAAUUGUCUUUAAUAUAGUAUUUUAAAAUAAUAUACAUGGGAUUGCAAUCAAUAUUUUUAGCACCCAAAAGUUUUAAAAUGUACAGACACAUUAUUAAAUGUUUAAGAAUGAGACAAAUGCAUACAUUUCAGAAUAUGCACUGUUUUUGGCAGGGCCAAAAAAGAUGUGAAUGCUGACUCAAGGAACAGAUUUUAAUAAAUAUGAUAAUUUGUGUGUAAAUUUAUACAAAUAUUGGAUUUGAAUUUUAUUUUAUUAUUAUUUUAUAGCUAUGCUGAGGAUUCAUUUUCAAUGAAUGAUAAAAUUGGAACUGAUUCUGCAUUGAUUUUAGCAAGAAUUUUACCAUAGUAAAGUCUCAAUUUAAUAGGCCUCACCUUUAUCCACAAUGUAAUGUAAAUACAACUUUCAUUGAUAGUUUGUAUGAAUACUAGUUAUAUGCACUCAGGUUGUACAAACACCUAAAGGGACCAUUUUGGUCCAUUUUGUUGAAAAUAUGAACAUUUUAGUAUCGAUUUAUUUUUACAUAGAUAAUAGUAGCUUUUUAUAAAAAUUGUGAUUAAUUGAAUACUUUCUUGAAUAAAAUUUUGGAAUAUAUCUUGUUGUU